GCCUCGGCCGUGCUAGAGGGAGACGCUGUGAGAUCCUCGCUCUCCGCACCGGCCGCCAUCUUACUGGUGUCCGUCACACUCGCUCCACCACACUCACAACAUCGGCUACGACAUAAUGGCGCACUGUUUGUAAUUUUACUUCUACAGACAGCAGAUUCACAAUGUGAGGGACAGACUGACCUCUAGUGUCAUCUAUGAUCCUCCGAUAUACGUGGGCACAGGUUUUCCUGCACAGAGCAGUGUCCAUCCCUUGACCAUCAGUCUGAGCGACAAAGGAUGGACAAUACCUGGAAUGAGGUGACUUGGAGAAUACUGCGUUUCACAAUGGACAUCAUCUCCCUGCUGAUGAGAGAGGAUAAUAUUGUGGUUAGAAAGUCUGGUGGCCGGGUCAUCAUUGAGCCUUACCCUCGUUCACUGGCACAUGAGAGAGACGAUGACCAGAAGAUCCUGGAACUCAUCAACAAGAUCAUUCAGCUGCUGACUGGAGAGGAGUCAGCCAUGAAGAAGACAGAUGAUUGUAAGGACAAGACAAUGGACAGUAGCCAUGCUCGGUGGGCAGUAGGUGGAUCAGACACCAGUUUAGGGUUCUGCAGCCUUACUUCCUCCUGGAAGUCCUCCAAGCAGGACACUAAUGUUCAUGAGGACCAUCUAAGAGGCUUUAUCUGGAAGGACUCUACUUCAUGUGAGAAGCCACAAAUAUCUCUCCGAGAUGAAUCCAUGGAAAAUCUCACAGACGGUGACACAAAAGUCCUCCCCACCAUUUAUACCCAGGAAGAUUAUUCUUCUAUUAAUAUUAAGGUAGAAUCUAUCUCUGAUGAAGACCUCACAGACUCUGAUAUCUGUACCCCCACAGAUCCUACUCAUAAUAAGGAGGACCCAGCCCCAUGUGAUGGAGGGUCCCUCACAGACUCUAGUAUCUAUAUCCCUACAGGUCAUACCCUAUUCUCAUCCAUCAAUAUUAAGGAAGAAUCAGCCUCCGGCAUGCAGGAAAGUCUCACCGACAAUGACUAUACAUCUGUACGCAUAAAGGAAGAGUCUAGCUCCUGUGAAGACGCAGAUAUUUAUUCCCCCUCAGACCAUUCACCAUCAGGUUCCAACCAGAGAAAGCCCGGGAGAAAACUGAAUGCUUCUCAGAUAGUGGAACCCAAUGCUGAAGGUCUGUAUUCCUGCACGGACUGUAAGAAGUCUUACACUACCAACUCGCGCCUUAUUAAACACCAGCGGGUCCACAAAACCAAGACCAUUCCUUGUCCACAGUGUGGGAAACACUUCUCUUGUCAUUCAGCCCUUACCAGGCAUCAGACGGCCCACAGAGUGGAGAAGGCCUUCAUCUGCCCAGACUGCGGCAAAUGCAUGUCAUCCAAGCCAGCUCUCACCGUGCACCAGAGGAUUCACAAAGAGGAGAAGCCCUUUAAAUGUUCUGAUUGUGGGAGACACGUCCUCUUCAGAUCCCACCUGGUCAGACACCAGAUAAAGCACAGCGGGGAGAAGCCGUUCUCCUGCUCCGAGUGCGGAAAGUCCUACAGCAGCAAAGCCGCCAUCGUCAUGCACCAGAGGCUCCACACGGGGGACGCAUUAUAUCCCUGCACAGAGUGUGGGAAAUGCUUUGUACAGAGGAACCAUCUGCAGCAGCACUUGAAUAUACACACGGGGGAAAAGCCCUAUGCCUGCCCCCAGUGCGGAAAGCGCUUUAUACAGAAGAGUAACCUGAAGCAGCACAUGAACGUCCAUGUUCCUAAGAAGAAGGAGACCUUUCCUUGUCCUGAAUGCAGCAAAUGUUACAAGCGGAAGGCCGACUUUAAGUGGCACAUGCUGAUACACCUGGGAGAGAAGUAAUCCCGGCUUCCUGUCCGCACACAGACAUGGCUCCUGUACCCAUCAGACUAUUGCUUAUACCAAGUGAUGAGAUGAGAGACCUACGUUAUAACUCCAUCCCUACACCUGGGAGAUAAGUAAUCCCGGCUUCCUGCCUGCACACAGACAUGGCUCCUGUGCCCAUCAGACUAUUGCUUAUACCAAGUGAUGUGAUGAGAGACCUACGUUAUAGCUCCAUCCCUACACCUGGGAG